AUGAUUGAUUAGGACAUCCAAUUUUAUUAUUUCGUAGAGCAGCCUAUUUCAUUUCUUGAAAUCUUAAACUAACCUCUAAUCUAAAGAGAGUCUAAAAUAGCUUACUUAAAAAUGAAAUAUACUAAAUAGUCUAAUAGAUAUAAUGAACUGAGAAUUUCUACCUAACAAAAUCAUUAAUAUGACAGCCUAAUGAUAAAUUUCAAUAUUGAAAGCCCCCUUUUUAAAGUGAAAUAGAAAUUUGAUUACAAUCAUAAUAAUCUCACAAUUCAUUCUCAAAUCAUCACUUAACAGGCUACUCCAAAAUCAUCACGAUCUACUAGUCCUCUUAAGAGUGUUUAUUUAAGCUCUAGUUUAGUAGCACGCAGAUAAUUUAUUGGUUAUGUAUAGUAAAAGAGAUCACCUGACCUUUAUGAGCUUCACAAAUAGAGAACCAAAAAAGGAAUAAACAAGAAAGCCGAUUUUUCAACUCUUAUCUCGAAAACAACAUAUCAUUUAUCAAAAUACGGUAUUUGA